AUGGAGCCUCACGCGGUGUCUGCAGUCUCAGACGACUUAGUUGAAAAGCCUCUCAUUACCCUAGAUUCAGCAGGACAUGAAUACAGAAGAUUAUCAGGUGGCGAUGAGGGCGAGGAAGAUGGACUCGAGGAGUUUAGACGUGAAAAUGGACAAAUCGAACAGAAGACCUCACCCAAGAUCAGAAGUCGAAAGGCAAGCUUUGAGGCCGCUCCACAUGUUGCUGCUCUUACAGAGUACCUCAUGUCUCUCCCUAUCAAGGAGCUCAACUAUGGGAAGGCUGGCGACAUCACCGACACCCGCGCUAAAGAUAUCAUCACUCAGAAUGUCAAAGAUCACAUUGAAGCAUUGAGCCAAGCACUCAUGGAAGACAGUAUGAGCAACGCAAAAUGCGGUGCUUCUAUUGAAGAUGAUAUGUUUGAUGAUGAUUUUUGGAUUCCUCAGCCAGAACCACCAAAGCGAAGAACACACUCAUACUCUCUACCAACAACUCUUGAAACCCUUUACGAGGAUGAGGAAUUUGAUCCAUUGCUCCCAAAGAGACGUUCUACUUGGUCUGCCGCCGGUCAACGUUCUCGUCGUUCUCCUCCAGCUCCAUCCCAGCAAUGGCGAUCUGCAAAUAUCAGAGAACCUGCUCAGAAGACAUACAGAGAUCAACCAUCUCCUCAACUUCCAUCAAUUCAUCGUCCAAUCACCCGGUCAAUUAGCGAGCGCAUAGCGAAGCCAAUCACAGCUGAGGAUUUAGAUGAAAUUGAAUAUCUCUCAUCCUCACCAUCUCGCCGCUCCUCAUCUAGCGAUCGAGGAUCUUCUUACGGUUCAGCGUCAUCAUCAUAUGGUUCUGCAUCGUCAUCAUACGGAUCUGGGUCUUCGUAUGGGUCUUGCUCACCACAGUCUUCCGAGUUCGACUGGGAUUCCGAUUCUGACGACUAUUCUGGCUGCUCUACUCCUGAGGAGUUUGACCCUCCAUUGACCAGUACCAAAGAACUUUUUGGAUCUUUCAACUACCAACUCCCUGUCAGAAAGACACCCUCUAUAGUCUCUCAGCAUAGCAGCCGUGACUCCUACUCACACAAGAGACUCGCUUCUUAUUAG